AAAAAGAGGGUAGCGGACAGAAUAGAAGAACAUGCCUCCAGUGGUGACGCAGACACUGGCCUACGGUCCUCGCUAUCGUGCGCCUUCCCCUCUGAAGCUCCUCGCGACCGCCAUAGCUCUCGGAGCUCGUCCUUGCAAGCGAGUUCGGGUGCGCAGCCUCUCGUCUCCGCCGGCUCGCUUCGUCGCUCCUCUCGCGCUCUUCUGUCGGCCUUCCUCCUCCCAUCUCUCCGCCGGAAACUCUCUCUUCUCGCAAAUGGAGCGAUAUUGGACUGGAAGGGGCAUCAAUAGUAACAAAGCAAUGGUGGAGCAAUUACAGAAUUAUGGAAUUAUGAGGUCCAAGAAAGUAGCUGAAGUGAUGGAGAAACUUGACAGGGGUUUGUUUGUCCCAGAGGGUACCCCUGCUUAUCUCGAUAGCCCCAUGCCUAUUGGUUAUAAUGCUACUAUUUCUGCACCUCAUAUGCACGCGACAUGCCUCGAGUUACUGGAGAAAAACUUGCAACCUGGCAUGCACGCGUUAGACAUUGGAUCGGGAACAGGUUAUUUAACAGCAUGCUUUGCCAUGAUGGUCGGCCCGCAAGGUUGUGCAGUUGGUGUUGAACAUAUUCCCGAGUUAGUUGCUGAUUCAGUGAAGAAUGUUCAGAGAAGUGCAGCAGUUCCCUUGCUAAAAGAAGGAGCCCUUUCACUCCAUGUGGGUGAUGGAAGACUAGGUUGGCCUGAACAUGCACCCUACGACGCCAUCCAUGUCGGGGCGGCGGCCCCAGAGAUACCCAAAGCACUAGUGGACCAGCUGAAGCCGGGAGGGAGAAUGGUGAUUCCAGUUGGGAAUAUAUUUCAGGAUCUGAAAGUGGUGGAUAAGAACUCUGAUGGUUCCAUCAGCGUUCAUGACGAGACUUCUGUGCGUUACGUCCCUCUCACCAGUCGAGCUGCACAGCUAAGGGGGUUUUAAGGUUGAAUACUUCUCAGAAAUUGUAAACGUUCUGUACUUGUAGGUAUACGUUGUGUCCGGUCCAAUACAGUGGCAAUUUCUCCUUAGCAAUUAUGUGUACAGAUGAAGCUAAAGACGAUUGUAGACAACACCAAGUAGCGAGUGGGCUGUGAGUCUUGUAUAAGCUACCCUUUGUAAGGUUGUUAUGAGCUGUAAUUAUUAACGAAGCAUAUGGUAUUGAUGUCUGGAA